AUGCUCCGAGCCAAUUGGUGCUGGCCACUGUUGGUAGUGUUGGUUCUUCUUAGUCUAGGAUUGCAUACCCGGGCUGAGGAUUUCACUCCAGAGGUAAAACAAACCAUACAUGAUUCGCCCAUCUCCUGGCAAAUCUACUUCGAUGAUUCGUCGACUGUUCUCAUCAUUAAAAGUAAGUCUGUGGAACGCUCCACCGAUGAUGGUGCUACCUGGACCAAAGUGCCCGAAAUGGCUGGGUUUGAGAUCGAGGAGAUGAUUGUAGAUCCCAACGUAAAGGAACGGGCUAUUGCUUUCACAACUGGAGCAACCCACUUUGUCACCAACGACGUUGGUAAGUCUUGGUCCAAGUUCACCGUAAAACCACCAAAGUCCAGCGAAACUUGGUCCGUUGGAAAUGUCAACUUUCAUCGUGAAGACAAGAACUUGGCAAUCAUCAAGCUUGAAGUUUGCACGGGCGGGAUCUUCCUGUGGCUGUGCAAGCCUCACCACUUCUACACCAGAGAUGGUUUUAAGUCAGACCCCAAGGCGCUCGUAGAAGACGCCGAGGCUUGUAAGUUUGCCUUCUCUGAGAAAGACUUUGAUUCCGACAUUGCCAAAGAGACCAUUUACUGUUCCCGCAAUACCGUCAACUCGUUCGGCCACACAACUAAGUCUGAACUAUUGGUAUCCUCCGACUUUUUCAAAACAGAAACCAAACUCGAGAAUGAGCUUUUCAAAUCCGGUAAAAUCAUCAACAUUCGGACUGUGUCUGCUUUCAUUUUGGUGCUUGUUCAAAAAGAUCGUUUCAGCCAAAAAUCGGAGGUCUCUAUCUUAACUUCAAGAGACGGAAAGUCGUUUGAGAGCUCUGACUUUGACGUCCUGAUGGAAUACGGUGCUAUUGUCUUUUUGGAUUCUUCUCCCGAGUCGAUCCAUCUCAGUGUCAUGCAACCCAAAACCUUCUCUAUAGGGGAGUCCACCAUGUUCUCCUCUGACUCACAUGGAUUGCAGUUUAAACCUGCCUUGGAGCAUAUGGAGCCAUAUUCGAUCACGAAGUCUCAGUACGUUGAUGGUGUGUGGUUCGCAAAUAUUUUGGGUGAAUCAAAUUCGAUGAUGGGAUCUCCUUUCUCCAAGGAAUGGAUAUAUUAUACCAGUAAGAUCUCCAUGGAUGAUGGAAAGACCUGGGAUCUCAUGGAAGUUGUAGAUGACGAGAAGUGCAAUGUCAAUGAUGGCUGCUCGCUUCAGAUUUGGAGCAUAGCCGAUGUUGCCAACAAUGACAAGUACGUCACUGGCCCAACGGCUAACAUCAUGCUUGCUGCUGGAUAUGCUGGCAAAGGUCGCGUAUCUCUUCCCAAAUCAUCCACUUUCAUAUCUCGGGAUGGAGGUGUUACUUGGAAAAUGGCAAUUUCUGAGCCUGUGAUCUACACUUUUGCUGACCAGGGCAACAUCAUUGUAGCCGUUGGAAGCAAAUCUCACCCCUAUGAAUCAGGUUUAACAGACAUUGUUUAUUAUUCCUUGGAUCAAGGCGAAUCAUUCCAAACUCUCAAAUUGGAUGCCCCUUUGCAACCUCAGCUGAUAAUUACUACCCUCGAUGGAUCAAGCUCCAAGGCCAUUCUUUUCGGUAAUCAAGACAACGGUAAGGAUGUUUCUUAUUCUCUCAACUUCGAAAAGGCGUUUGGAGGUGCCGUUUGUGGCGAAGACAGCUUCGAAGUUGUCAAUGCUCGUGUCCCCUCCGGUUCCAGUGAGCCAAUUUGUGUGAUGGGACACAAAGAAAGUUUCAGAAGACGGAAGCAAGAUGCCAAAUGUCUUGUUAAAAAACUUUUCGAAGAUGUCAAAGUACAAGAGGAUCCUUGUGAAUGUUCUGCGGAGGAUUUCGAGUGUACUAAAUAUUUUGACUUGUCUGAGAAGAAUGCUUGCGUUCCAAAUCAGCAAAAAAUUGCUGAAUAUUGUAAGACUCAAAAGUCGAAGAAGGUCAAACUUGCUCACCAACAAUUGAAGUCCGGAAACUUGUGUGCCUUCAAUAAGAAAAAAGAGUCGGAUUUCGUUGCUGAAACUGAAUUUGAGUGCGAUAAUUUGGACGCCCCACUGGACGGUAGUACAAAUAGCUCUCAAAUUAUGAGCGGCCUUUCAGAAAUCGAGGGUUCUCUCCUUCAAUAUUCUUAUGUGGAAACCGGCGACAAAAAUGCGGACAAUAUAUUAGUCAACACUGAUAAACACAACGCUUAUGCAUCCAAUGAUGGAGGCAAAACUUUUGUGAAAAUACCCAUUGGUGAAAAAACAAGGUAUUUCGCAGUGGGAACGGUACCAGGCACUGUUGCCUUGUGCUCCGAGGAGAACAUCUAUUACUCCACAGAUGGUGGGUAUUUCUUCACGAAGUACGAAGCACCUGGAGCACCUCCUCAAUCUGGUAAUGCCAUUACUUUCCAUCCUAAGGAUAAAAUGAAAUUCAUAUAUUACACAGGCGAAGGUUGUGGCUCCUUUUCGGGAUCUAGAUGCCAGCUGUACUAUACCACAGAUGGUGGAAAUUCUUUCGAAGAGCUACUUAAGGACACCGGAAGGUGUGCCUUCGUCAAUGAGACGCUAGGUAUUUCAUCGGAAUUGAUCUAUUGUGCUGUGGCGUCUGGUAGCAAAAGAAAGUUAGUAUCCUCUUCAAAUUAUUUCAAAGAAUCCAAAGUUCUUUUUGAAAGCAUCGUUGACUUCGCGUUGCGCUCAAAAUUCGUUUUCGUUGCCAGCGUUAAUGAUGACCAAAAAGAGCUCAUUGCACAAAUUACCUCUGAUGGCGAGAACUUCUCUACUGCGUUCUUUCCAAGCGACUUUAAAGUGGAGGCGCAGACUGGCUACACCAUUCUAGAGUCUGAAAGUCAAUCCAUUUUCUUGCAUGUCACCACAAACAAAAAGAGUGGACAAGAAGUCGGCACAAUUCUCAAAUCCAAUUCAAAUGGAACAUACUAUAUCACCGCUUUGCCAGAUGUGAAUAGAAACUCACAAGGGUAUACUGAUUUCGACAGGGUGGAUAUUAUAGAGGGUGUUCUUCUUGCCAACGUUGUCCUUAACCCUAAUCAGGUCGGCAGUAAAAGACUUCAAACGAAAAUUUCUUACAACGAGGGAAGCGAAUGGCAUUAUUUGGCUCCACCGGCAGUUGAUUUCGAAGGGAGAAAGUACGAUUGCAUUGGCAGUCCUCUCUCGCGUUGUGCCCUCCAUUUGCAGGGGUUCACUGAACGCCCAGAUUAUCGUGAUACAUUUUCGUCUACAUCAGCAAUUGGUUACUUGAUUGGCGUUGGUAAUGUUGGUGAAUAUUUGGACUUUUCUAAUUUGAGCACGUUUUUGUCAACAGACGGAGGUAUCACAUGGAGAGAAAUCCGGAAAGGAAGCUAUAUGUGGGAGUUUGGAGACAGAGGAACUAUUCUCACGUUGGUCAAUGCAGUUGAUCCCACAAAAGAGAUUCUUUACUCCACUGACAACGGAGAUACCUGGUCAACAUAUGAAUUCACUGAUGAGCCUGUACAGAUUUGGGAUUUGGCCACUGUACCAACAGAUACAGCCCGUAAGUUUGUGAUUUUUGCUGGCGAGAAGGGCUCGCUUAAACUGAACACAAAGAUUUUCUACAUUGAUUUCACUCACUUCUAUUCCAGACAGUGUCAGCUUGAUCUUGAUAAUCCUUCAGAAGACGACUUCGAAUAUUGGACUCCAAAACACCCCGAAUCUUCGGACAAUUGCUUGUUUGGUCGUGAAACCAAGUACUUGCGCCGUGCCAACGGCCACAACGAUUGUUUCAUCGGAGCCUCGCCAUUGGAGGAAGGAAGCGUUGUUGUUCGCAAUUGUACUUGUACCAGAAGAGACUACGAGUGUGACUUUAACUUUUAUGCUGACAAUGAUGGCACUUGUAAGUUGGUUCACGGACACGCUGCAGAGGAUAGAAUGCAGAAGAUGUGUCUGGUGAAUGGCACUUUCCAAUAUUUCGAACCUACUGGUUAUAGAAAGAUUCCUUCAUCCACUUGUUCUGGUGGGAAGAUGCUCGACUCAUGGGACCCUAGACCAUGUCCAGGACACCAACAGGAGUUCAACGAAUUCUACGGCAAGAAUAUGAGUUGGGGUAAGUUUUUGCUUCUUCUCGUUAUUCCUUCUGCGGUCUUUGUUUUCGCUGUGUGGUUCGUGUACGAAAAAGGUGUUCGUAGAAAUGGUGGAUUCCUGCGUUUGGGUCAAAUUCGUCUUGAUGAUGACGACGAAUUCCUGCCAAUCGAAGAGAACUCUGUCGAUGUGGUGGUGAAUCGUAUUGUUCGAAGCGGAAUUGUCGUUGUCGCGGGCACUAUUGCUGUUUUCAAGACGUUGCGCAAAGUUGACCGUAAAGUGAUGGAAGAGAUCAUGCGGGUUGUGUUUGGUCGCCGCCCAGGUCGUCGUAGUUAUGUACGUGUGCCUGAGGAAGAAGACGAGUUGUUCGGAAACUUUGAGGACAAUUAUGAGGAGGAGAUUGGCGAUGACGCCGAUUUCGACUUUGAUGUGCAACUGGAUCCGGAAAUUUUCGAGGAGUUUACGGACCAGGAACCCAAUGCUGACAGUCAGCUUUUUGACAUUGCUGAUGAGGAAAGCAGAGGCGACGAGGAAGAGCCUGUCAAGUAA